AUGGCGAAACCUAUGAGCCUCCUGGCCGCCGCCGGCGCUGGCGCCUACCUCUGCAGCGAAGCCUUUGUGCCCGGUACUGGUGUGGCACGUGCUCAGGCACCCACCUCGCAGCUUCGCACUGCCCACAGCAGCCUCUCCUCCAGCGCGGUGUUGGGUGUGGCGGCCGCUGGGGCAUUGGCCGCCGCGGGCGGCGUGGCUGUCGUACCCCGUACCCGGAAAGCGGCUGUGGUGUGCAAGUCCUUCGAGAAUGAGUUGGGUGCGACGCUGCCCUUCAAGUACUUCGACCCUUUGGGCAUGGCCAAGGACGGCGACCAGGAGACGUUCCGCCGUCGUCGGAUCGCUGAGAUCAAGAAUGGCCGAGUUGCCAUGUGGGCCUGCAUGGGCUACAUUGUUCCGGAGUACUUCCGCUGGCCGGGCUAUUGCUCCCCCUCCGCAGAUCUGAAGUUUGCCGACAUCCCCAACGGCAUCCAAGCCUUGUACAAGAUGCCAGCCGAGGCCUGGGCCCAGAUCGCCGUCUUCAUUGGCUUCUUGGAGCUCUUUCCUUGCAGGCAGGAGAAGGACCGCAUCCCAGGGGAUGCCCCGGGCUUCGGCAAGCUGGGCUUGCCCUUCGCGACCAAGGCCGACCCUGAGGCGAAUCGCCGCUCCUUGGAGGCCGAGAUCAACAACGGGCGCCUGGCUAUGGUGGCCAUCACGGGGAUGAUCUCUCAGAACGCCUUCUUCGGCACCACUGGCGCGGACAUGUGGCUCCCCGGGGCCUCCGCCUUCGAAGGUGAGCUGGGCGUCCAGGCGCCGGUGGGCUACUGGGACCCUUUGGGCCUCUCCGCGGACGGCGACGUCGAGGCCUUCAAGCGCCGCCGAGCGGUCGAGCUGAAGCAUGGACGCAUCUGCAUGUUGGCCUGCGUGGGUUACAUCGUGCCGGAGUACUUCCGCUGGCCUGGCUACCUGUCUCCGGAGAAGGGCAUCAAGUUCGCCGACAUGCCCCACGGCAUCGCCGCGGUCUCCAAGGUGCCCUUGGAGGGCUGGGUUCAGAUUGCGCUCUUCAUUGGCCACAUGGAGGGCUACUUCUGGCGCCAGGACCCUAAGCGCGCCCCAGGCGACUAUGAAGGCUACGGCUUCUUGGGCACGGGCAAGAACUUCAUCUUCAACUUCGAGCCCAUUGAGUUCAAGGAUGCUGAGGUGAAGAAGACCAAGCUCCGCGCAGAGAUUGCGAACGGCCGACUGGCCAUGGUGGCUUUGAUGGCGAUGCUCUUUCAGAAUGGCACUGUGGGCACCACCGGCCCGGCCAUGUGGCUGCCAGCAGCCUAA